CAGGGUCUGUUGGGCUUCGGGCUAACACCCAAAGCAGUCGAGUAUGAUGCAGACUACUCGGAGCUACAGGCAUGGCCUUCGCCUUCGCAUGUCUUUUGUGGUAUAACUUGUCGCUGUUGCACCCCACCGUCGUCGCGUCGGACGUUGCCGUAUCUUCCGUCCUUACCAGCCCUUACACUUUUGGCAGAAAGAGCUUGAGAUUCAGGGUGGACGUGCUAAUCUAAGUGUUCUGGCUGUAUUCUUGAUCAAUUGCUACUACUUCAUACCUUCAAUUGACUACAUCUACGUCCCCGCUUUGCCCCUCGCCAAUUGACACAAUACAAUCAAUCAAUUCAUUCGCAAGCGCGACACAAUUGCAACAAUGCCUUCCAAGGGCAUCAAAUGCUAUGCCUACAUCGCCGUCCAGGGCGUUGAAAUCGAGUUCGAAGUCCCCAAGAACUCCAUCACCAAGCGCGAUCCGGACAAAUUCACAAUCGACCACCUGGAAGUCGAGUCGUCGAAUCUCCCCCGCUUGAAAAUUAAGGGAAACUUCAGCUUCAAAGUGCGCCGCGACGGCCGGGAGCUAACCAACCAAUGGAUCGAGGUGAACUCCAUGACAGGCGGACUCGGCGGAGGCACCAUGAAGAACAUGGACCAGACGCCUGCCAUCUUCGUCGACGGCUUAAUCAUCGUGUAUGCCUUCUACGACGCGGGGCCAGGGCUCGCCGGGCUCCCUAAGCAGCAUCAAUGUUUCGUUACCGUGACCCACAACUACGAGAACUGGAUGCGAGACAUUGCGCCGCCGGACACGGAGAAGGCGGAUCGAAAAUUCAACAAGAUGGUUCUCCCGUCCGCCCACGACAUCGGCAUGAACUCAAUGCAGACCGCGACCGCGAUGCUCCAGAAAGCCGGCACAGGAGUUGUCAAAGAAGUCCUCGGACAAUCCAUCGGCAACAUCCUCAUCCUGUUCAACAAGCUCGCCGACUCGACCAUCAACCGCAUCGCCCCGGACAUCGUGCGAGCCCUCGCCGUGACCCAGAAGGACUCCGUCGACACGAUCCUCAAGAUCGGCGCCAGGUACUUCGAGUUCCGGCCUGCGAAGUGCCACCGCCAGAUGCAGAAGGUCAGCCCGCUGGAAGACACCAUCUACUUCCAGCACGGCGCGAUCCCAGGCCUCAUGUACAAGCAAUUCCUGCACGAAGUGGUCCAGUUCCUCGACGGGCACAAGGACGAGAUCGUGGUGGUGCAGAACCGCUGGGACGGCGUGCCCGGCGACUGUCCGCGCGCCACGGACGACGAGCUGCGCGACAUCCAGAACGACGUGCUGAACGGGAAGGACAUCCAGAUCGGCAACCUGGACGACAUGCUGAACAAGAGCAUCAAGGACCUCCGCAACGAGCGGAAACGCCUCAUCAUCCUCAAGGACGUGAACCAGGUUUCAAACUACGACGACGCGGCCUCGGCGACGCUCGACGGCCUCCCCAUCGUCGCGAAGCUGGAGGACAUGGGCAGGAAUCCGCCGAGGGGCCACCCGAUUACGUUGCUGCAGUGCCAGGCGACGUCGACGAAUAUCAGGGACGUCAUCAUUGCGAGUGUUGUAGACUCCGACGUCUCGACUUCGCCGCUGCUGGCUACGAAGGCGAUCUGCGAUGCGAGGAUCCUACCGGUGCUGAAGGGGGAGUGCGGGAAGCAGUUGACGAGGGAGGAGAGCGUCGUGGUCAUUCUGAAUGACUUCUUCGACGGUGCGACGGCGGACACGGCAAUUUCGUUGUGUAGGGAUAGGUUGGGUGUCUAGAUGAGACAAUGUGUUGGAUUCCAGCC